GCGCAUAUAUCAACUGCGGAUAAAAAAGACGAGAGAAAGAAUGUCGUCCGCCAUGUUGGUUAUUAUUAUUAUUGUCGCUUUUGACACAUGCGGCAUUUAAAAAUGGCUGCACCAUGAUAGUUGUGUUUGCAAAUAAAUUCCAUGGGGACGGGUUUGUUUUUAUGGUACAGAUCAGGCAUUGGUGGCGUGGGUUAUACGCGCGAAGAUGUUGACAGAAUUUUGGCAUUUGUUUCAUGAGCGUUGAAUCGCGUCGGAGUGAAAUAUUUUUACAGAAAGAAGAAAGAAACGAUCCAGACAUAUUGGCAAAUUGCAGCAACCAUGUCACCUGGAAUCAACGACCAUCUUCGCAGUACUGGUGCAUUCCCUAAGAGCAACAGACGCAGUGACAGAAACCGAGAAAGGGACAGAGCAGCUAAUCAAAACAGCAAUUGCCGCCGAGCACCUCGAGCUCAGGCUCAACAUGCCAAUAACUUGUUUCAGCUCGACUGGCAUCCGGCGUGCGAGCUCAUCCAGACUAGUAGCCGCAGCACCCCGGUGACGUCCGCCAGGACGGCCAAGAACAGCAACGCCAGACCCAGUGCGCCGAUCGCUUCCUACGAUCUUCCGGAUAUUGGACUAUACAACGCAUACAGCCAAUUAUAUCCGAACAUCCACGCGCUCGAGGACCUGACGCCCUGGUUGAAAAUGACUUCUCCCGUGGAUCAGAGAACUCAGUCUCCGCCGAAUCUCACGGCCAAGCCAACGAACACGGAUAAGAUGCCUGAACGAGGGCAAGUAGAGGGUCGACUAAAUCAGAUACGGGAAUAUAUAAAAGUGACUUCUACCAUGAUGGAUUCUCUCAGUCAAUCCAGUGAUCCCCGAGCACAAGCCCAGCACGACAAGCUCAGCAAGAUGGUCGAGGAUCUCUACGACAGCGAAGUAAAGCUGAGCAAGCUCAUGGAGGAUUGUCAAAAAUACUGGAGGCCGGCCGAGAAUGGUGAGUUGGAAAACGGCGAGGAUGUGCGCGAGCAAGAGCUGCGUAAGAAAGUGGAGGAAUCUCAACACAAGUUGGCCCAGCUGCAGGAACAUCAGGCGCAGCUGGUAGGAAUGCAGCUGAGAGUUCGCGAGCGUUUGAACGAGGCCCGUCAAGCUCAACAAGCUUUGCUCGUUGACGAUGAGGAGGAGGAAGAAGGCGAAGAGCAUAUUCAAGGAGCCGAGGAACAACCCAAUCAAGGAAAUGUGGAUCAGCUUGAGAGGGAAACCGAAGUAUUGAGGGGUAAGCUGCAACAGUUGGAAAACAAGAAGAGACAUAUGGAUCAUCUUAUGCAGGAGCUCCAGGCAGUCGAGCACAUUGAAAGAGCUAGUUGUAGUUCCGAAAGCUCGCGAACCACUGGCCAGCGUGACAAAGUUGCUGAAUUGGAGGCAAUGAAGGCCCAGUUGAGCUACUUAAAGGCUCUGAUGAACAAUGCAACAGGAGAACGUGAGCCUGUCGAUGGGAUACAGAAUUCCGGACCUGAACUUGUUGAAGAUGAACCUCCAAUCAUUAAUGGCGGCGUUGAUGAUGUCUAUCAGCUGGAGGAGAACCACUCCAACGAGUACAACGAUCUCGAUGAAACAGUCAAACCCAAGCGCAGCGAGCUUCCAUCCGUAGAACAAAUUCAGGCGGUCACGCGUGAGUUAAAAGAGCAACAGUUGAUGCUGCAAGCGGCUAGAGACGAACUUAGACGUUUGAAACAAAGCAAUGGAAAUCCACAGGCACCACCUUCGUUAACCAGCUCUACACCACCGCUGUCGCAGGCUACACUUGUCGAAAAAAAGCAGAGCAAUCACACGGCUAGUAACAACGGUACCGUACGACAGCAGGCUCAGAACAAGUGCUGGCAGCUCGAAGACUUGAUGAGAAAGGAUCAGAUCACAGGGCUGAGCGUGAACCAAAAUGGUGGGCCAGAAUGGGGCAGUCGCAGAAAUUCGACUUCUCAGCACAGUCAUACAAGCACUACACCAGGCAACCUAUGGCCUCCACCUGUCAAUCAUGAUACCGCACCCCACCACCCUAGUGUAGAUGGCAUAUCAACGGCAGAGAACUUGUUGGAGCUUGGCUCUCAACCACCAAUGGAAAAUGGAUUUCCAGGAAAUUUCUGGAGCAUGCCAGCCAUGUUAGCUAAUCAACCACCGCAAGCUGGCGCAGUCGCGGGUUCAGCCGAGUAUUACAGACAACUACUUCUCGGCUCUCAGGCUCAGCAGCUACAAUUGAUGAGCACAACGGUUCAACAGUGCUGCCAGCUUCUUUGGUCUCAGCAGCGCGAGAUGCAGUCGAUGCGAGCAGCCAUAACUCAGCUUCAGGCUCAGCUGCGUCAGUCUCAUUCACGCACGAGCAACAAUAAUACAGAAGAGCAGCACUCGAACUUGGGCAGACCGGCACAACCGCACUUUGAUGUAACGCCGUUACCUCCAAGCUCGUCUCUGCCAAAUCUCGUUUCACUUCCUACCUCCUCACCAGCUCCACCACCGGUGAAUUGUCAUCACCCACAGCCACAGCUGCAGCAACCUCAGCAGCAGCAGCAGCAGCCGCCGCAGCUUAAUAAUCAGGUUCCUCCUGGCAACCGAGCCAACAACUACUGGGACAACUUUAGAAGCUACUCGCGUCAGAAUUUACUAUCAGGUUCGUCAAAAACAGUGACGGACCAUGCAACCGUCGCCUCCAGUACGUCAUCUUCCAACACGGCUAGCGGAUCACACGCGAGUAACAAGUGCAAUCGUCAGCAAGGUUUGGAUUCGCAUUUACCAUCUGGUGACGCACAGUACUCCUUGAAUCUGCAGCAAAUACCGCAAGAAGAGCGUAAUAACUAUGUGCCUAUGAACGAAGCAUCGUCAAGUCAGCAGCAACAGCAGCCAGAACACAGUCGCGUUGAUGAGGCUGUAACAAGUUAUCGACGUCAGCCACGAUUACGAGAUAAGGACUCAUGUGCGAGGAUUGCCAAGAAGAUCGCUGGACGAGAUGACUUAAGGCAUAUAUUGAUGCAAUGUUUGAAUGUCCUAGAAUCCAGAAAACUUGACGAGAGCCCACUACCAUCUUCAAAUGCAAGUAAUACGACGGACUCGAGUGAUGACGAAUCCGAAGCUGGUGCCCGAGGCAGCACUACUUUGCCAAGCGCCAUUGGCAACUUCAACUCGGAUAAUCAAGUUUCCACCAGUGAGUUGAUUGACACCGCGUCAUUAGCGCCAAUCAUGCAUUAUCCAACGCAUCAACAAGUUUCCGAACAGAAUGAAACCUCGGACACAUAUUCCCUGGGUGACACUAUUGAAAAGUAUUAUCAUCCUAUGUCCAGCUUAUCGAUGACAGUUUCCUCGAGUACACAGGUUCACAAUGAUGCGACCGAGCCCGAUAUAAUAACGCAGGAAGCUUCUAACAAUAAUCAGCAGACAAAUUGCGACAGCCCAUACGUAGAUCCCGUUGAUAGUACCAAUCCGGACGAAGCUGCGGCAGCAAUAUCUAUAUUAACCCUUGAUGAGCUGAAAGCGGAAGAGGAACGGGACCGCGCAGAGUAUGUGAUGCUCGAACGCACACCGACGAGUCAACAACCGCACAGGAGCCGUUGUAGCCCACGCAUGGACCAUCUACAGAAAUAGCUCUUCAUGCUUCUCGCUUGGGCCUUCCAGAAGCGUUUGGUCUAGGCUAGAUAUAGGAUCGUAGGUACUUACAGAAGACUCGUUAGUGUCUUGAACAAUGUGAUGAAACGUUUGAUUUAGGACUCGACUUUCAAAUAGAAGACGGUUUUCUGGUUUUUCUUGAAGACUAGUUUACAAGAUUUGUCUCGAUAUUUUUGAAUGCUUCUCUUGGAUAUUAUUUUAUUGCUUUUGUAUGUAUUGAUACAUACAGCAUGGAAAAAGUGAAGGGUGUUUUUGAUUAGAUACUCGAUUAACGAGUAGUAACUUGAUUUUACAAGGCUGAUAGAUGAUAACUGAUUGAAUUUGACAGAAAUUACUGAAUUCACGAAAUAGUGAUUUAGAUCAAGUAGGUAUUUUCUGCGUCCAAGUUCAAAUUUAGGUGUUACUUUACUAUAGAAAAAGGGAACUUGAACUUGAAAUCCCUAAUUCACCUUCAACAAACUAGAUGCAUCGUAUAUCUUUUAUAGAACUCGGCUGAUCAAAAGAUACUUGUCAAGAGUAGCUUGUUUAGAGGGACACAAUGUAGCAAUCAAAAAGACUGUAUGUGAGGUGAAUAAAGGUGUCUAGUGAGCAGAGAAAACAA